CUACUCCUCUCGAGACAAUUGGAAUUUGGAAGUAUAUUUCCGUUAUUUUUGUUCCCUCCGAAGCACAAAUUGAACCCUUGAGACGCACGAACUACAGACUUCGUCCACAAUUCUACUCAUUCCUCAGAAUUCGAUUAUACUAUUAUGGAAGAAGGAGAUUCAAAGAAGAGUAUUAAGAUGAAGGAAAUGGAAGGAAUUGCAUCAAUAGCAUUACUUCCAUGUGGGUCCAUCUCUGGUCAUUUCAUCCGCCUUUCUCACUCUACUUGCUAUGGCCUUCAUGGCACUGAACUGGCAUGUGAAAGGGAGUGCAGCAGGGGUGAUGACUACCGUUUGAUCAAACUCAACAUCGUUGAUUUCAGUACUAAAAAAGAAGCAACUGUCGUUGUGGAAUGCAAAGGACAUGAUGCUGCCAGAUUUACCAACGUUGAGCAUGCUCAUGGCUGGGGGAAUGAUGUCACCAAUGAAGUUGAACAGAAGCAAAAAAAAAGCAAGAUCAUAAUCUCCUUCGAGUGUGAGACACUUAAGGCUGGUGCAGCAGCGGAAGAACACAUUAGGCAGUUCAUGCCCAAAUUGGCUGGCAUGGAUGCUGUUGUUAACACUGGGAAGAUGACCAUCAAGGGUCUGAACUUCCAUGAACAUGAUGACGAAACUGAUGAUGAGCAGGAUACUUAACUUAUCUGGACUCCCACAGAAUUCUUCUAUGAAGAUAUGAACGGUCCAGUCCAGCAGAAACCUAGUCCUUUUGUUUUUCUAAGACCCCUUUAUUGUUUCUUAGAUGAAUAACUUGUGUAAAUAAAGAGCAAUCUUUUCUUUUUCUGCAGUUUCUAGCUGCUGCAGAUAUCAAGUGACAGUCACAGAAGUUGCUGCCUUUUGAAUAUGCAAGCUACUUUAGUUAUUUCAUAUACCGCGGAGCACGCAUUCAAGGUUUUGCUCGUAUUUGCGAAUUCAUUAAACCCUAUGAUGGCAAAAUUGUUUGAUUAACAGUGGUUUUAUAUGUUCUCUGUGAUGGUACCGACUUGUAUCAGCAGAACUCGAAUGAACAACUUUUUGUGACUGUAGAGAUCAAUGUUAGACAAUAAGCCCCUUAUAUAAGAUCUUCAAGAGAAAAUCUGCCCGUACAA